GAGACGGCGGAGACGGCGGAGACUGCUGUAUUCAGUUACGUCAAGUUACGUAUUAAAUACGAUGACGAAUAGCGAGAGAUAGUCGCUGUAUUAAAAGUACCGAAUACGCGAGGCGAUGAAUUGCGUAUAAUCAAAGCGGCGUUUUACUCGUGAUAUGAUAAUUGUUCCGAAAACGGGAAAAAUUCACUCAGGGUGCUGUUUCAACAGCUGAUCAACGGUACGGAGCAGAGACGAGAAAGACAAUUUUCGUUCUUCUGACUAAAUAACUAGUCGAUUCAGUGUUUCGCGCGGACGAACGAUGGCCGGGUUUGUGUUGAAGAUCAAGACAAAAUCAGGUCAAAAGGUCGUGAACGGGUUAAUCCCUCAGAACAAGGUAUCCGAAUUGAAAUCGAAACUAGCCGAGAUUACGGGAAUUCCACUCGGUGCGCUUCACGUUCUCGGCGGUUUUCCACCAAAGCCGAUUAAUCUGGACGACGAGAAGGUGACAAUCGAGGAAAGAGGCAUUGUCUCUGGUGAUACCUUGAUCGUGGAGGAAAAACCCCCUCAAUAUAAUGGGGAACAAAAGCCAGAAGACAUCGGUCGAUCUCACAUCGUCGACGACGAAAAUUUCAUCGAUACGCCCGGUAUUUUGAUGAAGAAAGUCGUGCCUGCCGAUAAUUCAUGCUUGUUUACCAGCGUCGGCUAUGUGCUCAAUGGUAAGGUUGAUCCCAGUUGUGCCACUUUCAUGAGGGAAAUCAUAGCAAAUGCUGUAGACGCAGAUCCUGAAGAAUAUUCCGAAGCAUUUCUGGGUAGACCAAAUCCUGAAUAUUGUAAAUGGAUUCUGAAGCCUGAAUCUUGGGGAGGAGCCAUAGAAUUAUCGAUAUUGUCAAAAUUCUAUGGUCUAGAGAUAGCAGUAAUUGAUAGUAUUAAUGCAAUCAUCAACCGUUUCGGAGAAGAUCAACAUUAUGCUCAAAGAGUGUUUUUAAUAUUUGAUGGAAUACAUUAUGAUCCCUUAUAUUUGGAACCGCUUGAUGGUGGUAGUAUACAAACAAUUUUUCCCACAGAAGAUGAAAGGAUAUUAGUGGCAGCUGCAGAAUUGGCAAGGGAAGCGAAAUCUAAUCGUCAGUUCACAGAUGUUGAAAAGUUCACAUUAAUGUGCAGUGAUUGCAAAAUUAAAUUAAAUGGACAAAUGGCUGCACAACAGCAUGCCAAAGAAACUGGUCAUAUGAAUUUUGGAGAAGUAGCAGCAUAG